AUGUCUCGUGCUAGUAAGAUCACUCUUGGAUUAACUACUUUGUUCACAGCGACGAUAGUCGUAGGUGUUCAUCACGUACAAGAACUUGAAAGACAGACUUUACAUCAGGGACCAAUCAAAGAUGCGCAAAGAGUAGCAGAGAAAAAACUAGCCAGACAGAAUGGCGUAGACCCUGAAAAGGAACGUCAAAGAAUGGUAAAUAAGAACGAACAUGAGUAUCAACUCGAAUUAAGAAAGAAAUACGAACAGAUGCAACCUUUGAGCGGGGAGGUUCGAACUAAGGAUAACGAACUCAUAGAACAGAAGAAGUGA